GUUGCUUCCGCGCGCAAUGACUUUCAAAGUGCUCAAGCUAGCAAGCCAAAGAAGAACACAUUGGUAGGGAAACCUGGGUGGGUAGCUAACCGUUAGCUAGCUAGUCCAAGCAGAAAUUCGACUUGAGGACUGGGAAGUGUCAAAUAAACUGAACCCUGCCGGUUAGCUUGAUUUCGAUAUACGAUUAUGAAAUAACGUUGACUUUUGGCGACACAAGUGAAUCCAUAUUGGAGGUGAGUGAUUUAGCUAGCUAGCGAUGCACUUGACUUGUUUUAGCGCUAGCGGCUGAUGAUGGCUAGCUAUCUAUCGUUAAAUAGCAAACGUUAAUUAGCCAAGCAAGUUAGCUAGUUAGUCUGACCACAGAUGGCUAGCUAGCUAGGAGUCUUUGUUUUGACAGUUCUGACAACUAACGUUAGCUACCUAAAGACAACUAGUUAGCUAGCUAACAUAUAACUAAGACAAUGGGAACGUUAUAGCGCGCUUGCUAGCUAGCUAAAGUAGUUAACUGUUAGCUAGCUGCGAAUCUUCGUGUUGGGUAGAAUCAACUCUGCUAACGUGACCUUAGUUAAUCCAUCUUGAACUAACUAGUUAACUAGUUAGAUAACGACUGCUAACUAGCUUAAAAAAUGGUUGUCAAGUUAGCCUAUCUAACGUUGAUUGAAUGACACCUGCUAGCCAGCCAAUUAGUUAGCUAACGUAACCUAGUGUCUGGGAAUUGUAGGUAAUUAAUUGGACAGACUUGAAAUUAAUUUGUGACAGCCAGUCUACGUUAUAGCAGGAGACUGACUGUAAAAGUGAUCUAACGUUAGAUGCUGCAACAAUUCCCCCGCAGAUAUGCAGAUUUAUAAAUGUAUAAAUUAUGAUAGUUAGCUUCAUGCUCAAGUGGGAGAAUGUUAGGCUAAAAACUGAGCAUGUAAACAAAUGCUGUAACAUCAUUUACAGACGUAUCUUAGUAGCUUUUUUAUUUACACUCAUUGGCCUUUACCCUGACAACAACGAUCACAAUAAAUUGACAGGGGAACCGGUUAAACUCAUCUAACCACCUAAUCUGACUCUUGAUGACUGUGACUGGGCUGACAAAUGUAUUAGUCUCUUUAUUUUAGCUAGUUGUCAGCUGUCAGCAUCUCUUGUGAGUCAAAUUAAAUAAUAUUGUUUUACCUUGGGUUAGUUAAGUUUUCAACUGUAACAUCAUUGGUUACUGUUUGUGGCUAUGAACAGUAUGAUGAUGCCUAAAUGCCCCUGGGCAGUGUGUUUCCUUCCUCCACUCCCACAGUGAACAGUAAUGAUUCAGUAGGUGUCCCGGUGGAGCAUUGGGAGACAGCAGGCAGGAGGACGACAGGAUGCUGGAGGUAGAGGAGGCAGGCCCAGCGGGGGAGGAGGGAGAUGAGGAGGUGGGGGGCAGUGACCUGAGAGCUGAGGUGGUGAGGCUGAAUUUGGAGCUCCAGGAGGCCAACGAGGAGAAAUUGCAGGCGGCCCGGUAUGGCCUGGUGGUGCUAGAGGAGAGCGCCGAACUGAAGAAGAAGCACACCCAGCUGGAGGAGGAGCACGAGACUCUCAAACAGGAGCUGCAGCAGCUUAAAGAGGUCAGCAGAAUCCCAGUAAUUAUCUCUAGAAAGCAGAAACACUGUAGUAAUCAUAGUGUACCUUGAAGAUAAGCAGGCCAGUAAAAUAAUAAAUGUACAAUAUAGCUAUUAUGAACCUUACUUGCACACCUAUAGCUACUACUACGUGUGCAUGGUGGUGAAAUUGUCUGUGAUUGAGUUGAGACAAGACCUUUUGUUCAUACAUUUCUUAUGGCUUUGUCUAACACUAACUACUUCAGUGUGAACAAGUGCCAGUCACACAUGGCUAUGUAUUGACCAUCCUGGGAUUAGCCAAACAAUGGGCUUGCUGUUAGGACACACACGCUUUUAGCUCAGUUGUUCUAAACCAAUAAAUAUUCACAAUCAUAAUGUUGCUAGGUAGCUGUUAAUCCAGUGUUGCAUAGCAAGUUAUUCAUUGCCUACUGAACAUUUGAUAGGUUCCUUCAAGAUACUCUUAUCAUGUAGAAGCAUGUUACUAGCUUGGCUGAAUGACAAUUCCCCAAGACUUGAGAUGAGGCCUAGUGUUCAUAUGAAUAAUUCAGUUUGUGUGAUCAGGAGGACCGGUCAGUUUCUGCUUCUGUAGUGUCAUAGGAUGUUGAUGUGUAUAGAUGUGAGACUGUUUAUCUCUACUAGGGAUCUGUGAUGAAGGGAUGAGAACACAUUAGUCAGCAUAUCCAUGUUGGAAAUGGGAACCGGAAUUACACUCAACAAAAAUAUAAACGCAACAUGUAAAGUGUUGGUCCCAUGAUUCAUGAGCUGAAAUAAAAUAUCCCAGAAAUGUUCCAUAUGCACAAAAAACGUAUUUCUCUCAAAUUUUGCGCACACAUUUGUUUACAUCCCUGUUAGUGAGCAUUUCUUCUUUGCCAAGAUAAUCCAUCCACCUGACAGGUGUGGCAUAUCAAGAAGCUGAUUAAACAGCAUUAUCAUUACAGAGGGACACCUUGUGCUGGGGACAAUAAAAGGCCACUCUAAAAUGUGCCGUUUUGUCACACAGCACAAUGCCACAGAUGUCUCAGGUAUUGAGGGAGUGUGCAAUUGGCAUGCUGACUGCAGGAAUGUCCACCUGAGCUGUUGCCAGAGAAUUUAAUGUUCAUUUCUGUACCAUAAUUCAGUCCAACAUCGUUUUAGAGAAUUUGGCAGUAUGUCCAACCUGCCUCCCAACCGCAGACCACGUGUAUGCGUCAUGUGGGCGAGCGGUUUGCUGAUGUCAACUUUGUGAACACAGUGCCCCAUGGUGGCGCUGGGGUUAUGGAAUGGGCAGGCAUAAGCAAUUUGAAUGCGCAGAAAUACCGUGAUGAGAUGAGGCCCAUUUCCUUUAAGGUAUCUGUGACCCAACAGAUGCACGUCUGUAUUCCCAGUCAUGUGAAAUCCAUAGGUUAUGGCCUAGUGAAUUUAUUUAAAUUGACUGAUUUCUUCAUAUGAACUAUAACUCAGUAAAAUUGUUGCAUGUUGCGUUUUAUAUUUUUGUUCAGUAUAAUUCCAACGCUCAGCUGAGCUGCUCUGUCUGAUGCAGACAACAUUAGACAUUAGAGGGGUGAACAGGGCAGGGAAAGAUACUUAUCAGAGUCAAAACACAUCAUUAUCACUGUAUAAAGGUUAUUAAGCGGCAUUCAUAUAAAGAAAUAAUCGAAUUAAACUGAAAAUAUUGUAAUUGAACAUAGUCACAUUUAGGCUAAUUGUUUUUGACCACUCAUUCCAACUAGGCCCCUAGCCUAGCUUCUAACAGACCCUUCACAAAUAGGCCUACCAUUCUGUUUUGAAUGCUUCAGCAGAGUUUAUAGUUACAUAUAAUGCAAUGCAUUUGAGUAAAUACCACAUUUUAUGUAACUGAAUGUUUUGUGCACAUUUUAAUUUUGUAAAUUACAUCAUGCAACAACAAGACCGAGAACCCAACAAACUGGUGUUCAAUUGUGUAAGUUAGUAGACGCUCUUAUCCAGAGCGACUUACAGUUAUCAGGGUCAGUAGAGGUAACUGAAGUAGGCCUCAAAGGUUUUAGGUUGAUUGCUGCUGUGCUCAGAGAGUCUGUCUCCACCUGCACUCCCAGUAUCAACCAAUUGACUCUGGAUGACACCCAAAUAAAUGCCGCACUUUUUGCUUUGUCUCUGUCUGUGUGUAUAACUAGGCUCUGUCAGACUCUGUGACCAGCCACAAGCGUGCAACAGCAUAUGGGGAGACCCGGGAGGAGUGCCUGCUGGAGGAGACUGCCAGCAAGGAGGCUGCCAUGGCAACCAGCAUGGCUGAGUUGCAGGCCGAGUUACGGCAGACGCGCCUCGCUCUGGGCAACGCUCACGCUGAGAUAGACCGACAGGCCGGCCUCUCCUCUCAGCUAAAGAAGGUAUUAAUAGUGUGCCUAUCAUUCACCGACAUACGUAAUGCUUUACACACCACUAUUCACUUAGAUAUGGAACAAUACAACUAUUUAGUAGCAUUUGUAUAUCUCUCCAUCUAACAGAGAAAUGUAGGUCUAAGUUAAAUAAGGAAAUAGGCUCAUUUUACGCUCUAAUUCCUGGUAGUCUCUUGUGUGUGUUCAAAUGUCAAGAGCAGUGUGCAGUGCUUCGAUAACAUUGUGUUAUUAGUUCAACUGUAUACUGAGAGCACGUGUGUGUGUUUCCCAGGAGUGUGAGUGUUCGGAGCUGGAGAAGGGCCACAUGAGGCAUGAGAUGAAGGAGUAUAAGGUGCGGGAGGUUCGUCAGCUCCAGGACAACAGUGAGCUGGAGGAGGAGAACACCUGUCUGCAGAAACAGGUGUCUGUACUCAAGGAGAACCAGGUCAGAGCCCCUCCCUUCUCACCACUCGCCACACUGAUAAUAACACUCAGGUAACACAACAGGGCCUUGUUCAGUAGGGAGAAUUGUUUUUGAAACGGGGAAGUAGUAGCUAAACCUGUCCAGUAAAAACACUGCUUUUAGUUUUCCAUUGCAUAAAGUUUUGCUACAGUGUGCCCUACUGAACACAACCCUGGUCUCCCAUCGGCACCUCCAGUACAACAGCCAGUAGUUGGGCCAAAAUACUCCUAUUCUUCUCAAAAGGCUCAUGGAAUGCUUACCUCGAAUGACUCAGUACCUUGUGUAACCGCUGAAAAAUGUACAAUAUCAUAACAAACAUUAGGAGUGUGUUCGUUUUUAAUGGCCAAUAGGGGGUUUCAGAUCAUUCUGUGGUAGUGCUGAGCGAUUAGUGCUUUUUUAGGUCGUUUCUAUUAUGAGAAAAUAAUCGUUUUUUUGUUUCGAUUAUUUUGGUUGAAUGCUGUAACACAGAAUAAAACAAUACAUUACCAUGAUGGUAGUGACUGCCGAUUACUGCUUAUCACUUAUUAACCAUUUAUUCACAUUACUUUACUUGAAUAAAAUAUUUCAGUUGUGUAUAUUACAUUUGUUAUAUUUAAUGACUUUAUUAUUUCAUUCCAAGUCAUCAUCUCAUCUCUAUAGAGCUGCUACCUAUGCUGUCUGACAAAAUUACUACUUUGUAAAUAAGGCCUACUUUUGACUGCUGAAUAUCAACUAUCAAUCACUUUGAUGUAUUUUCAGGUAGAGAUACCUUGCGAAGCAACAUUUGCUCUCUAUAUCCCUCAUGAUCGUGCAUUCUUGUCUCUUUUGUAGCAGGCGUAAAAGAAACACAGACCGGACAAGUAGAUGUGAAAUGGAUUAUGGUCAUUGUAGUUAGUUUAGUGCAUAAAAUGUGGUAAUUAUGUAGAAUAAUGGCCUGUUGGAAACUACAUCUCCCUACUACAUCACAUAGUUCAGGCUGGAUCUGAUCUCUCUAGAGAAACUGUGCAAUGUGCGCAUUGAGCUCACAGAAAUAAAACAAAGAAAAUAGAAUUCUAAUAAUUGAACCGACAUAGGUCAAUUAGUUGUUUAAAAAUAACAGAAAUGUAGGUUAAUCGCUCAGCACUAUUCUGUGGUUAGUAGGUUUCGAUUCUUCCUGUCCAUUUAAGUCUCCGUCUCCUACUGGGUUUAGUAUCUGAGGGUGUGUGAUGAUGAUUCUUUCCCAGUGGUUCAUGAGUAAGGGAUAGCCUUGUCUGGUGUAUGUGUGCUGGGUUUGGGUUUGGCUGACAGUGCCUUCCCCUGUCGAUCUGCCUGACACAAACACUCAUUGUAGGGGAGUCAUCUCAGAUGGUGGGAGACAAUGGCAUCUCUCAAGUGGGAAGUCUCAACGAACAAUCGGGACCGAUUUGAUUCUCAUCCUGGUCACGCAUAAGCAUACUGUAAAUGUGAUGUAAACUCAUCUUACUCAUUUGUCAGCUUACUCAUCAGUUGGCCAAGUAGUGUAGAUCAAUUAUUGAGAAGGUUUUAAAAUAAUUUACCAACUGCCAGUCCAAAAGUAACAGAUGUAGAACAUUCCUGUCUGUGAUCUAUGUUCUAAGGUCAGAGUAAUGAUCAUCUAUGUAGUUGACAGUAACACAUUCCUAGUUCAGUUGCACCCAACAGACAUAAGAUUCAUUUGUAUUGUCCCUUAAGAAAAAAAUAUCUGGGACGUUCAACACACCACUCCCACAGUGACCCGUAACAUACUCCUACUCAGGCCUACACUCUCUGAGUCUCUGUCCUCACAUGCUCUCUCUCUCUUGUCCUCUGCAGGUGGAGUUUGAGGCGGUGAAGCUGGAGCUCACCCACAAGGAGGAGCAGGAAGAGGUUCUCCAGGCCCAGCUGGAAGAGGCGGCGCGGCUAAGGGAGAUCGCUGAGCGUCAGCUGGACGAGGCCUUGGAGGCCCUCAAGGAGGAGAGGGAACAGAAAAACACCCUGAGGAGGGAGCUCUCGGCCCUGACCCUCAACCCCUUCGACUCGGUCGGCCACAUGGAGAUGCAGCUAGAUGACAGUGGGGACAGUGGAGGGGGCCAGAGGAGCUCUGAGAACCAGGAGCACGAAAAGGAUAGUGGUUACAAUAACGGCCCGGGGUCUGGUUGCGCUCCUACUAACCCCAAGGCUAAUGGGCACGUCCAGCACUUCUCCACACCCAGGAACCGUGAUGUGUUCCUGAGGCCUGCGCCUGGCCUGGUGUCUGACCUGCUCAGCGAGUUGCACCUCUCUGACGGACAAAAACUCAAACAGCAACUCAUGCAGGUAUGCAAUGGGAUCAAAACCACAUACAGUGAGGGAAAAAAGUAUUUGAUCCCCUGCUGAUUUUGUACGUUUGCCCACUGACAAAGACAUGAUCAGUCUAUAAUUUUAAUGGUAUGUUUAUUUUUAACAGUGAGAGACAGAAUAACAACAAAAAAAUCCAGAAAAACGCAUGUCAAAAUGUUAUAAAUUGAUUUGCAUUUUCAUGAGGGAAAUAAGUAUUUGACCCCUCUGCAAAACAUGACUUAGUACUUGGUGGCAAAACCCUUGUUGGCAAUCAGAGGUCAGACGUUUCUUGUAGUUGGCCACCAGGUUUGCACACAUCUCAGGAGGUAUUUUUUCCCACUCCUCUUUGCAGAUCUUCUCCAAGUCAUUAAGGUUUCGAGGCUGACGUUUGGCAACUCGAACCUUCAGCUCCCUCCACAGAUUUUCUAUGGGAUUAAGGUCUGGAGACUGGCUAGGCCACUCCAGGACCUUAAUGUGCUUCUUCUUGAGCCACUCCUUUGUUGCCUUGGCCGUGUGUUUUGGGUCAUUGUCAUGCUGGAAUACCCAUCCACGACCCAUUUUCAAUGCCCUGGCUGAGGGAAGGAGGUUCUCACCCAAGAUUUGACGGUACAUGGCCCCGUCCAUCGUCCCUUUGAUGCUGUGAAGUUGUCCUGUCCCCUUAGCAGAAAAACACCCCCAAAGCAUAAUGUUUCCACCUCCAUGUUUGACGGUGGGGAUGGUGUUCUUGGGGUCAUAGGCAGCAUUCCUCCUCCUCCAAACCCGGCGAGUUGAGUUGAUGCCAAAGAGCUCGAUUUUGGUCUCAUCUGACCACAACACUUUCACCCAGUUCUCCUCUGAAUCAUUCAGAUGUUCAUUGGCAAACUUCAGACGGGCCUGUAUAUGUGCUUUCUUGAGCAGGGGGACCUUGCGGGCGCUGCAGGAUUUCAGUCCUUCACGACGUAGUGUGUUACCAAUUGUUUUCUUGGUGACUAUGGUCCCAGCUGCCUUGAGAUCAUUGACAAGAUCCUCCCGUGUAGUUCUGGGCUGAUUCCUCACCGUUCUCAUGAUCAUUGCAACUCCACGAGGUGAGAUCUUGCAUGGAGCCCCAGGCCGAGGGAGAUUGACAGUUAUUUUGUGUUUCUUCCAUUUGCGAAUAAUUGCACCAACUGUUGUCACCUUCUCACCAAGCUGCUUGGCGAUGGUCUUGUAGCCCAUUCCAGCCUUGUGUAGGUCUAUAAUCUUGUCCCUGACAUCCUUGGAGAACUCUUUGGUCUUGGCCAUGGUGGAGAGUUUGGAAUCUGAUUGAUUGCUUCUGUGGACAGGUGUCUUUUAUACAGGUAACAAACUGAGAUUAGGAGCACUCCCUUUAAGAGUGUGCUCCUAAUCUCAGCUCGUUACCUGUAUAAAAGACACCUGGGAGCCAGAAAUAUUUCUGAUGGAGAGGGGGUCAAAUACUUAUUUCCCUCAUUAAAAUGCAAAUCAAUUAAUAAAAUUUUUGACAUGCGUUUUUCUGGAUUUUUUUGUUGUUAUUCUGUCUCACUGUUCAAAUAAACCUACCAUUAAAAUUGUAGACUGAUCAUUUCUUUGUCAGUGGGCAAACGUACAAAAUCAGCAGGGGAUCAAAUACUUGUUUCCCUCACUGUAUGUACUGGUGCAUACUGUAUGGACUCUAAUUCAUUUCAAGGAAUAAUCUAUUUGUCUUCUCUUUCAGUAAAUAAUUAUUUGAAUGCAAAAAUAUUGUAACAGAGACGGUCUGUAGACUAGUAGUUACCACGUUUCAAUGUAUAGAUUUAGUUCUCUGAUCAUCAGUACCUCUUGCCAUGGCGGAUGUUCUAUAUACAGUGGGGAGAACAAGUAUUUGAUACUCUUGCGAUUUUGCAGCUUUUCCUACUUACAAAGCAUGUAGAGGUCUGUAAUUUUUAUCAUAGGUACACUUCAACUGUGAGAGACGGAAUCUAAAACAAAAAUCCAGAAAAUCACAUUGUAUGAUUUUUAAGUAAUUAAUUUGCAUUUUAUUGCAUGACAUAAGUAUUUGAUACAUCAGAAAAGCAGAACUUAAUAUUUGGUACAGAAACCUUUGUUAGCAAUUACAGAGAUCAUACGUUUCCUGUAGGUCUUGACCAGGUUUGCACACACUGCAGCAGGGAUUUUGGCCCACUCCUCCAUAAAGACCUUCUCCAGAUCCUUCAGGUUUCGGGGCUGUCGCUCGGCAAUACAGACUUUCAGCUCCCUCCAAAGAUUUUCUAUUGGGUUCAGGUCUGGAGACUGGCUAGGCCACUCCAGGACCUUGAGAUGCUUACGGAGCCACUCCUUAGUUGCCCUGGCUGUGUGUUUCGGGUCGUUGUCAUGCUGGAAGACCCAGCCACGACCCAUCUUCAAUGCUCUUACUGAGGGAAGGAGUUUGUUGGCCAAGAUCUCGCGAUACAUGGCCCCAUCCAUCCUCCCCUCAGUACGGUGCGGUCGUCCUGUCCCCUUUGCAGAAAAGCAUCCCCAAAGAAUGAUGUUUCCACCUCCAUGCUUCACGGUUGGGAUGGUGUUCUUUGGGUUGUACUCAUCCAUCUUCUUCCUCCAAACACGGCGAGUGGAGUUUAGACCAAAAAGCUCUAUUUUUGUCUCAUCAGACCACAAUACCUUCUCCCAUUCCUCCUCUGGAUCAUCCAGAUGGUCAUUGGCAAACUUCAGACGGGCCUGGACAUGCGCUGGCUUGAGCAGGGGGACCUUGCGUGCGCUGCAGGAUUUUAAUCCAUGACGGCGUAGUGUGUUACUAAUGGUUUUCUUUGAGACUGUGGUCCCAGCUCUCUUCAGGUCAUUGACCAGGUCCUGCCGUGUAGUUCUGGACUGAUCCCUCACCUUCCUCAUGAUCAUUGAUGCCCCACGAGGUGAGAUCUUGCAUGGAGCCCCAGACCGAGGGUGAUUGACCGUCAUCUUGAACUUCUUCCAUUUUCUAAAAAUUGCGCCAACAGUUGUUGCCUUCUCACCAAGCUGCUUGCCUAUUGUCAUGUAGCCCAUCCCAGCCUUGUGCAGGUCUACAAUUUUAUCCCUGAUGUCCUUACACAGCUCUCUGGUCUUGGCCAUUGUGGAGAGGUUGGAGUCUGUUUGAUUGAGUGUGUGGUCAGGUGUCUUUUAUACAGGUAACGAGUUCAAACAGGUGCAGUUAAUACAGGUAACGAGUGGAGAACAGGAGGGCUUCUUAAAGAAAAACUAACAGGUCUGUGAGAGCCGGAAUUCUUACUGGUUGGUAGGUGAUCAAAUACUUAUGUCAUGCAAUAAAAUGCAAAUUAAUUACUUAAAAAUCAUACAAUGUGAUUUUCUGGAUAUUUGUUUUAGUUUCCGUCUCUCACAGUUGAAGUGUACCUAUGAUAAAAAUUACAGACCUCUACAUGCUUUGUAAGUAGGAAAACCUGCAAAAUCGGCAGUGUAUCAAAUACUUGUUCUCCCCACUGUAUAAGUUGUAAAGGUUUCAGUCAGGUAGGUUUUGCAUGACUGAGCUGCCCAUGUCUCUACUGCUUUCUGCUAUAGACCACAUCCUGCUACAGAUAUCAUUGGAUCACUUAGUGGAACUCUACUGUCAGUAAAUGUUUGAAACAGCCUAUCAAACACCACAUUGCACUUUUCUAGACUUUUAUUUAGCUCUACAGUAUGCUCUGUCCCAACCCGUACUUUCUUGUCCUAUUUCCAUUGUGUAAAUGUAGCAUUUCUAAAGCACUUAGCCGGGGGUUGGUAUGCUGCUGCCAGACCCAGCAGAUAUUAGGAGUACUGAACAAGCAUGUUGAGGCUGCGUGUCUCAAUUACUGCUCCACGUCAUGAAUAAUACAGAGAGAUUGAAGUCACUGGAGGGUGAAAUGUGUGUUUACAGUCUGAGAGAACCUCUCCUUUUGUCUCACAGCAAAGAUGUAUCAACCUGAUGAAAUGUAUUACUGACAUCAUUUGUCUAGUGUUGAAUGUGCUGUUUAGUUCAGCCACCCAGAUGUUUGCUACAGUAAUCUGGUCAUGACGCACUUUGAAAUGCCAUGGAUAAUGGAAAAUGGCAUUUUAUGCUUUCUACUAUAUAUUUAGCUAUAAUGCCUCUUUCAAGCACAGCUGUUUUAGUCUUCUUUUCUGUUUCUCCAUGUCUCUUUCCCCAGGCUGAGAGGGAGAAGACUGGUCUGGCCAACACGGUCCAGGACCUCCAGAGGCAGUUGGAGCUGUCUCAGCAGGCCUUCAGUGAGCAGGAGGACAAGGUGGGCUUCCUGACCCAGCAGCUGGAGGCUGUGCAGCUGCAGAAACACAUCCUGCCCCAGGAGAAGGCAGCAGGCGAUAAGGGGGACGGGAGCACCAGAACCCUGGAGAACGGGGCGGCUGACUACGACUAUGAGCUGGACGUGAAGAGCACAGAGGUGCUGGAGGCCCGGAUGAAGGCGGCCAGCGAGGAGCUGCUGAAGCUGCGUGGGGAGCUGUCCCAGGCGGGGAAACGUUACUCAGCCCUGGAGCAGCGCUGCCGGCAGGAGAAGGAGAGGUGGAGGGGAGAGGCCCAUGAGCUGGCUGAGAAAAUCCGCCAGUGCAUUAAGUCCAGCCGGCAGGAUCAGGAGCGCAUCAGCGAGCUGGAGAAGGAGAUCGGAGCGACGAGGAAAGUGGCUACUGAUUCUGAGGGUCAUCUCAGUGUGGCACAGGAGGAGCUGCUGGCCUUCUCUGAGGAGCUGGCCAACCUCUACCACCACAUCUGUGUGUGCAACAACCUCACGCCCAAACGCGUCACCCUGGAUUACUACCGCGACGGGGCCAGGGUCCAGUCAGGGGGGAGUGGAGGGAAGUCCAACCACCUGCACCCCCACCCCCAUCAUGGACGUAACAAGCGACGCUCCAAUGAGUUGUUUGCGAAAGCAGUGCACGGAGGGGAUGGAGACAGUAGGCCUGGUACUCCCCAGGAUUCCCGUGACAACUCCCCCUCACCACGCUGCUCCUCCCCCGCCCCAGUCUGCCCCAGCUCCCCCACCAUGGACUUCAGGGACCCCUCCAACGUUUGCAAUCUGGUGGCUGUCAUCCGCUGCCAGAUCAAACACCUCCAGGUACGAGUGCCGCCGCCAUAUUGUCUUCCACUCAACAUGCAUAUUUAAUAGCCAGUUCAGUAAGGUCAUACAGUGAGGGGAAAAAUGUAUUUGAUCCCCUGCUGAUUUUGUACGUUUGCCCACUGACAAAGACAUGAUCAGUCUAUAAUUUUAAUGGUAGGUUUAUUUGAACAGUGAGAGACAGAAUAACAACAAAAAAAUCCAGAAAAACGCAUGUCAAAAAUGUUAUAAAUUGAUUUGCAUUUUAAUGAGGGAAAUAAGUAUUUGACCCCUCUGGAAAACAUGACUUAGUACUUGGUGGCAAAACCCUUGUUGGCAAUCCCAGAGGUCAGACGUUUCUUGUAGUUGGCCACCAGGUUUGCACACAUCUCAGGACGGAUUUUGUUCCACUCCUCUUUGCAGAUCUUCUCCAAGUCAUUAAGGUUUUGAGGCUGACGUUUGGCAACUCGAACCUUCAGCUCCCUCCACAGAUUUUCUAUGGGAUUAAGGUCUGGAGACUGGCUAGGCCACUCCAGGACCUUAAUGUGCUUCUUCUUGAGCCACUCCUUUGUUGCCUUGGCUGUGUGUUUUGUGUCAUUGUCAUGCUGGAAUACCCAUCCACGACCCAUUUUCAAUGCCCUGGCUGAGGGAAGGAGGUUCUCACCCAAGGUUUGACGGUACAUGACCCCGUCCAUCGUCCCUUUUGAUGCUGUGAAGUUGUCCUGUCCCCUUAGCAGAAAAACACCCCCAAAGCAUAAUGUUUCCACCUCCAUGUUUGACGGUGGGGAUGGUGUUCUUGGGGCCAUAGGCAGCAUUCCUCCUCCUCCAAACCCGGCGAGUUGAGUUGAUGCCAAAGAGCUCGAUUUUGGUCUCAUCUGACCACAACACUUUCACCCAGUUCUCCUCUGAAUCAUUCAGAUGUUCAUUGGCAAACUUCAGAUGGGCCUGUAUAUGUGCUUUCUUGAGCAGGGGGACCUUGCGGACGUUGCAGGAUUUCGGUCCUUCACGGUGUAGUGUGUUACCAAUUGUUUUCUUGGUGACUAUGGUCCCAGCUGCCUUGAGAUCAUUGAAAAGAUCCUCCUGUGUAGUUCUGGGCUGAUUCCUCACCGUUCUCAUGAUCAUUGCAACUCCACGAGGUGAGAUCUUGCAUGGAGCCCCAGGCCGAGGGAGAUUGACAGUUAUUUUGUGUUUCUUCCAUUUGCGAAUAAUCACACCAACUGUUGUCACCUUCUCACCAAGCUGCUUGGCGAUGGUCUUGUAGCCCAUUCCAGCCUUGUGUAGGUCUACAAUCUUGUCCCUGACAUCCUUGGAGAGCUCUUUGGUCUUGGCCAUGGUGGAGAGUUUGGAAUCUGAUUGAUUGAUUGCUUCUGUGGACAGGUGUCUUUUAUACAGGCAACAAACUGAGAUUAGGAGCACUCCCUUUAAGAGUGUGCUCCUAAUCUCAGCUCGUUACCUGUUUAAAAGACACCUGGGAGCCAGAAAUCUUUCUGAUUGAGAGGGGGUCAAAUACUUAUUUCCCUCAUUAAAAUGCAAAUCAAUAUAAAACAUUCUUUACAUGCGUUUUUCUGGAUUUUUUUGUUGUUGUGUCUCUCACUGUUCAAAUAAACCUACCAUUAAAAUUAUAGACUGAUAAUUUCUUUGUCAGUGGGCAAAUGUACAAAAUCAGCAGGGGAUCAAAUACUUUUUUCCCUCACUGUAAUGUGCUGAAUUCUGAUCCCACAGUACAGAAUGUGUUAUUUGGCCCCCGAAAGCUUUUAAGCAGCUUGUCUGGCGCUUGGCAUUGAUCGGGAAGUGGAUAUCUGUAGACUGUAGAGCGUAGUAGACCACUAAGACCACAUAUGUAAUAAUAUUUCAAUUGUGGUUAUUUGUCUUUCCUUAUGAGAAUCAUUGUGGAUCAUUUUGGCGUCCUUGCUUUAUUUCUGUUGAUAAACAUUGAUAAAGGCUGGGACGAUAACCAAUUCUAACACGUGUUUUGCUGAGUGGUCCAUCACUUUAGUGAAAGUAAUACCUAAUAAUGAUACUAGCACGAUCACUCAUCAUGGUUGUGUGAACUGCCUGCCCCCCCCCCCCCCCACCAGGUGGCGGUGGACCUGUGUCGCCAGAGGGGUACGUUGCCCUAUUCGGGAGGGAUCAGCUGUGGAGGGGAGCUGGAAAGCGAGGCCCUCAUGGAGGAGGUGCUGAAGCUCAAGUCUCUCCUCAGCACCAAGAGAGAGCAGAUCGCCACUCUGAGGACGGUCCUCAAAGCCAACAAACAGGUACAGCAUAGCAGACAAAUCACGCAAUGUGCACGCUAAGUUGA